AUGCCGUGCUACGCCCGGCCCUGCUGUGUUCUUGUCGCCGUGAUGAGUGUCCCCGUCUUCAGGCACGGCUGUGUCGUGCAGUUCCGGGCGCGCAGCUCGGCUGUGUGUGCCUGUGUGUCAGCCCAGUCCUUCCUUCACUGCUUUACACUGACUAGCUCUGCUUUUAAUCUGCAAGUUGCUACUCCUGGGGGGAAGUCAAUUGAUUUUGUGGAUGUGAACGAGAGCAACAUGCGCUGGAUACAGGACUUUCGUAUGAAGUCGUACGCGAACCCUGCCAAGUUGGAGUCGAUUGAUGGCACUAGGUACCAUGCGCUGCUGAUUCCAAACUGUCCUGGGGCUAUGACUGACCUUGCAAACAGUGGAUACCUGGCUAAAAUACUUCAGCACUUCAGCACUGAGAACAAGCCUAUCUGUGCAGUUGGACAUGGAGUUGCAGCUUUGUGUUGUGCCAGCAAUGAGGAUAAAUCCUGGUUAUUUCAGGGAUACAGCCUGACAGGGCCCUCUGUGUAUGAACUAGUAAGGCAGCCUAACUUUGCCAGUUUGUCCAUUAUCGUGGAAGAUUUCGUGAAAGAUUCUGGAGCUACGUUUAGUGCCAGCAAUCCAGAUGCUGUACAUGUUGUGCUCGACAGGCACCUGGUGACGGGCCAGAAUGAGAAUUCCACCCUUCCUGCAGUCCAGAAUCUUCUUCUUCUUUGCAAUGUCAGGAAAUGAAGGAGCAGGUCUCUUUGCAAAUAGGAUGGAUGAAGAGCCAGCAGACUAAGGAUUUGCAUGUCUGUUAACUGGAUAAAACAUCCUUCUAGAUUUCUGUCCUGGACUAUGAAGUGACUGUGACAGUG